AUGGAAAGCUUCAUAGAGAGGGGAAUGCUUGGUGUUGCGCUGGCUGCAAUCGGAAGCAGGGAGAAUAGAGGAUCAAGAGAGGAAUCUCGACUUUUUGAUAUCAGCACCAGGCUGGGAACACUCGUCUCCUCCAACUACCAGGACCCGCCGAUGGCAGAAGUUUCUGUGAAUGCCCAAGCCGGCCGGCCAUCCGUCUUGCAGCAGGACCAACGCUCGAAUACCUGCGAGAAGCCGACGAUGCCGGAAGCCGACGUCUUGCACGUUCGUCGACACGUGGGGAAAUGGCACCAAGCAACGGCAGCAAGGUCGGCGACGUCAAGAUGCAGGGCCCUUGCCAUGCGUCUGAAGCGAAACAGGGCGCGGCGCAUCGGGGGUGUUUCGACAGCUUUGUCCGGCUUCACGGCCGCAUUCAAGGAGACGGCUCCCACGGGACGCCGGGCCCUGACGCGUCCCUCUGUCGACGGGUAUUAUGAGCUGCGGCAGUUCUCUCCUCAGCACCCUGUCGGUCAUGACGUAUUUCAAGAGAUUUUGAUGGAAGAAGACGGCGCCCGCGCCAAGAGCGGCUCUACUUUGAUUCUUACGCUGUGGCAGCAGACGUGGAAUCUCGGACAGAGUCUGCUAGGCGUCGCGAUGAAAGAGACUGCUGUUCAAGAGGAAGCUGGCAGACGAGCAACUCUUUGGCUGCGGCUACUCGUCACGCGGCCUGUCUUGCUGUCGAGGCUACUCAUUUAA